GUCUCACCACCCCGCGUGCCCAGAACAGAGACAGAGACAGAAACCGGGACAGUGUGACACACCGGGCAACGCUCUGAGCUGGAAGAAACGUUUGGGAAGUGUCCAUGAAGACCAACAGGUUUUGGAUGAACCUCGGAACGUAUCAAUCUUUGUUUUUGUUGAGUUCCUCCUUCUAAACUUUUGCACUGAGCAGCUUGAACAGAGCAGUUUUAUGGAACCGUGUAGUGUCUGGUUCUACAUCAUAAAGUCCCUACCAGAGCAAUUUUUCAUCAUAGUUUAAGGGGUGAAAAAAUAAAGUAAAUUUUUUGGAGCCCCUCUCCUUCAUCAGGGAGGUCAGUAGUUACGUACAGAACAUACAGGGACUUAACACUUUGCCCACGGACACAAAGACAGAAGAGACACUCAUUGUGGUGGGGACUGGGUUAAGCUCUGGACCCUUUGCACGUCCUGUGACGUACCAAAGACCAUGCUGUACCUAAAGAAAUACUUCACGGAGGGCCUUAUCCAGAUGGCCAUCCUGCUCAGCCUGGUUGGAGUGUGGGUUGACGUGGGACUGGAGCCCUACAUGACACAGGAGAUGAUCCUGGGUCCCACCUCGGCGCUGACCCAGACGCAGUUCCACAACCUCCGCAACCGCCUGGAGGACGGCCAAGACCUGCACCCCAAGAGUGUGGACCUGGACAGGUUCUUCACGUCACGAAGGCUGCUGGGCUGGGUCCGCUCUCUUGACAGACUACAGGUUCCUCAUGCACAACUGGAAACAUGGCUGGCCCAGCGGGAGCCAGAUCCUCUCCCCAUGGCAUGUCCAGACCAGUCAUCCCCACUGGAGAGAGCACCUGCUGGGGUAGAAAGAGACCGAACUGCCCCGCCUGUGGAAUCCAGAGCUGCACUUGGUACCAUGCAGGAAGAAAAAGAGGAGGGUGAUAAAGAGGAAGGAGCAAACCAUGCACAUCAUCACAGUGGUCCUCUGGAGGAGAGAGGAGAGGAAGAGGAGCAGGAGGAAGAGGAGGAACACCUGGGCAGGUGGACAGAGGGAAGAGGAAGACUAGGGGGUUCCUACAGCCGUGCUAACAACAGAGAGCUAACUCAGAAUGAAGUAGACCAGACUUCUCUCUCCCUCCGGGAGUGUUUGAGGCUGUUGGAGGAAAACUUUCCCUUCACAGAAGAACAACAGUUACGUGAUGUUGGUGGUAGAAGGGAAGACCAGGAGCAACAGCCACAAGGCAGGGAGCCCCUGCUGUCCCAUAUCAUCCCCACUGCUAACCCAUCCAUGGACCUGGAGCUCCACUGGCAGGACCUGUUGGCUAUCAUGGAGCCUGAGAAUACAGACGCUGACAUACUGACUUCAUUUGACCACACCCAGAAUUCAAGAGCAGCUGGGACCCUUCAGCCUGUUGGGUCUGAAGCUCUACACCAAAAUUGUAACAACCACGAGAACGGCAUAACAGAGGCUGAUCGGGAAGAAGUUUUAAUGGAGACUCCUCUGCAGCACGGUUUGUUGGAGCCUCCAAGGCAGUCAGAGCUAGAGCCAGCCCUCCUUCCUCUCACCCCCAGUGCAGACUUGGAUGACCACAGUUCUGCCUCAAACACAAGGGACACUUUGCAAAACUCUAAUGAGAAUCCCUCGCACAGUCUUCCAGACCACACACAUCUGCUUGCAGAAGAUCCUUCAGAAAACAUGGGACUAAAUGCAGAAGAUAACUCUAGUACCUUCAACAUAAAUCUACUAACACAAGGUCUUGGCGAUACCCUGGAAGGCAGUCCGUGUUCACAGAAUGCUCCCUCCCCUGAAAACCUUCCUAGCUUUGAUGUCAACUUUCAUUGGCGGGACUUGACGCCGUCUGGUUUCACCCCAUCUCCAGAGGGGAAUGGUAUGACUCAAGACCGCCUGACAUCUCCCUCCAGUGUCUUUCUGGUUGACGAAGAGGAGGAUGGUGAUGGUGAAGAUGGCCUCCUUAGCCCACUUAUUGACCUCUUAGAGGAUGCUGCCAUCUUGGAUGAGAUGAGAUUGUUGGACCUGGCUCUGGAGGAAGGAUUCAGUCCUGAGAUGGCAGCCAAGCUGGAAGAGGAGGGCUUCCUUGACCGUGAAAUAUCCCAACAGGAAACCGGCAGAGAUGAUGACGACUCAGGCUCUAGCAUGGCAGUCCCAGAAGAUGAGGGUCAACCAAGAAGACCUCAGCAAGACAUCAAGGAGGAGACAGACUCCGACUCUGGUCUUUCUCUUUCUCUCAGCCACAGCCCUACUUCUCCAUGUGCUUCUGAGGCCUCCUCUUACUCCUCUUCCUCAACCUCUUCUUCUUCUUGUGGGUCAGCUGUGGAAAGUCCCUUCUCUCAAGAUGAGGAUGAAGAGACGGAGGAAAUGUUUUUCGGUUCAGAUAUGGAAGUGGAGGUGACCAUAAAGCAGGAGGAUUUGGAAGAAGAGGAGAUGGGGGCAGUAGGAGGAGGCUACCCUGAAGAUUUUGGGAAACCCUUCCCUCCCAACUAUGGGGAUCACAAGCUGUAUAACGGCUCCCCUUGGCUGGAGCAUAUCGGCCACGAUCACACGUACAACCAGCCCUUGCCGCCCGCCUCCUCUCCAUCUCUGGGCAAGAUGCCCACCAAACACACCAAAUGCUCAUCGCGCCAUGACAACGUCAAGCCGUACCACCGCUCCUCUUCCAGACACAUCUCCGAGACCAAAAUGUGGAGCCGCGAUGAACGGCGUGCCCGAGCCGGGAAGAUCCCUUUCUCCAACGAGCUGAUUGUUAAUCUGCCAGUGGAUGAGUUUAAUGACCUAUUGGCCAAUUACCAUCUCAGUGAGGAGCAGCUUAUACUUGUCAGGGACAUACGACGCCGUGGUAAGAACAAAAUAGCUGCCCAGAACUGCAGGAAGAGGAAACUGGACGUGCUGCUGGAACUGAAAGACAAUGUGUCAGGUUUGAGGCGCUACCGUUCGCGGCUGCUCCGAGAGAAACAGGAAGCCCUGAGGAACCUGCAGGAAAUGAAGCGCCGACUGGGCACGUUGUACCAGGAUGUCUUUUCCACGCUGAGGGACGAGGAGGGCAUGCCGUUGAAUGCUAUGGAGUACCUGCUUCAUUUUGAGUCAGAUGGUAGCGUCACGGUAGCUUCACGCCAACAAGGGGCAGCGCUGCCACUGAGAAACAAAAGCAAGAAACAGAAGGACAAGAAGAAGUGAGGAGGGGCAUACUGAUGUGGUGGUGAAUGAAGGAACACAGGAAUUCUUUAUCUGGUGUCAAUGGAAGGUGCUGAAAGGUACCAUGGAAUCCUCACAUGUCCUUGCACUGGCGUUUUUAUUCAAAGAAUUGGUGGAUGGCUGGAUGGACAGAGGAAAUCAAGGCAGGAAAAAAAAGAGCAAGAAAACCUUUACCCCAGGAUGUGUUGCUAUCCAUUCUUCUUUAUGAACAUUUUCUACACUGGAAAAAAACACUGGAGUUCAACAAUUGUUAAGCUCAAACAACUCUGAGGUAAAUCUAGGCUACUACAUAGUGGAAAUAAAACAACAGACGCUAGUUGACCUGGGACCAGCGCUUUUGGUGCAUAGGCUAGUUCAAUGCCUAUGCACAAUCCUGCUGGAAAAUACUGAGUUGAACAAGCCAACAGACUAAUAGCACGCUGGAUCCUGGCCAUCAGCUAAUGUAGCCGAAUUAGCCGCACAAUCGCAGACACUACAAUGACUCUGGGCCACCAAGGAAGGGUUGCUGGGGCACAGGAAGGGAAGUGGUGAUCAUGCCCCCCCUGAGCUGGUAGUGGUACGGCAUCUCACUCAAAGACACUUCAGCAGGAUAAAGACAGGGGGUCAUGGGGAUCAAACCUGUGUAUAUAGAGUUCCCAGAUAGUGCAGUAACCACAGGCCACCUUGCUGCCAAAAUGAACCAAAAUACUCCAAGACUUUAUGUACCAUCUCCAGCAGAGUCCUUUCAAAUAAAUGUAGAGUAAAUGUGGCACCUUGGCCACUUUGCUGGGCUUCUUGGAAUACAUAACCUAGGAGAGACUUCACGUCUGGCAGUUUUCCUUGACAAUGUCCCUUACAAGUGCCACUCCUACAACCUGAAUGAGUUUGGGGUUAGGGUUAGAGUGACUGAGGUAUCAAUGACAAUUCACAAACAGCAAAACCAUAGUGUCUAUAUAAGCUAAAAUUUGGGGGAUAGGCCUUUGGAGCCCCAUCCAUUUUCAGUCUGUUCUGAAUAUGAUUAAUCGACUUUGGAUUGACCCAAAUAGGUUGCCUGUAUUAUUUUUUUCUUGUGAAUUUUCUGAAAGCACAAUAGCAAGGGGUUUCACCUGUGCCUUCAACAUACGUUUUUGUUUUUAUGUAUAUUCAACCUAUGUGACUGUGAAGCUGUGGAAAUCGUAUUGUCAACUUUAAACAAGAUGGUGGGAAUCUGUAUUCCAAAUAUAGCUCAAGGGUAGGCCCAGGUACAUGGGUACAACAAUACAAGUUGUUAAGCUGUUAAUGUUUUAAGAUUAAAAUGUCAAAAUGUAUGUCAAAUGCCCCAAAUACUUGCCUGGCAUUUUUAUUUUUUACAUGAAUUGAUACUAUAAAAAUGACAGCUUUGGCCUUCAAAUACAUGUAACUCUGGAUUCAUAAACAUUUCUCCAAACUCAAGGCUAAUCUGUGAAUUGGUUUAAGUAAGGAUGUCACCCUCUGGUGGUUGUGCACAUGGCUGAGUAAGACAGAACUCCAUCCAGAUUCUGAUGAAACUAUAAAUGGAAUUAAACAUGGCAGCAGUUUAACCUCUUGAUACUAAGAAGGGUAUAUUUAUACAUACAUAUACACUGUAUUAUAGGUUGUAGUGGAGUCUUCUGUUCAUAAGUAGUAGUUGUGAUGAGUAAAUGAUUAUCAGCAAAGCAAAUUUAGAAUUUCCUUGGAAUGAGCACAGCCAGGAGAACAUGCUAGCAGUUACUACUGUGUAGUCAGACCUCCAACAAACACAUUCAAUUCGUAAUGAUGGAUUGUUUUUAAGGAAAAGAACUUGUUUGAGUAAGUGUUCAGAGUUCUACCUAGUGGACACCUCAUUUUAGAAUCCAACUACUGCAAAUGCCUGGCAAAGAAACGCAGUCAAAUGAAACCAAUCCAUCUUUUAAUUUCAUGAAGACCAAAAAUAACCUGCAUGUCCUGCAUGACCCAUCAAUACCACUGAUGGACAAAGCUUUUAUUAUUGGUUUGUUUAAAUUUUGUGCUUGUAGGUAUUCAAGGAGGUUGUUUUCUGUAAUAUAAAAUAAAAUGAAAAUAAAUUGUAUUUCUUUGGAGUCA